AUGCGGUUGGCAGAGAUAUCGUUAAGUCGAGAUCUCACCAUUGGCUCAAUAACCAUUUCCUUCCCAAGGAGGCUUGGGCUAUUAUGUGGAGGGUUUUGAACUCGUUCUUGUACCUUUGGAUUCUACUCAACUACAAGGCAGCCGGGUAUUACUAUCAGAGAUUGAAGUCCUACGAGGGACGCACUUGUAAACCUCGGCUUCACAAGAAGGUUUAUCACAGGUUCUGUAAAGAUGUCACACCCUGCAGAACUAUAAAAGACUGCACGGAACACAACGAUAGGUGUAUUUGUGAUGAAGACUGUGGAAAUAUCUGCUUCGAUCCCACCUCCAAAUGUUCAACCGGAUGGUGUCAAAAUGGUGGCUCCUGCUCGAUCGUCAAUGGAUCAGUACAUUGCAGCUGUCCACCCAACUUUACUGGAAAACGCUGCGAAGUUGAUGUUGAUGAAUGCUCAACAUUAUCCAACCCAUGUAAAAAUGGUGCAACUUGUACAAAUGUUGAUGGAGGAUAUAUUUGUCGAUGUAUAACUGGAUGGGAAGGUGCAGAUUGCUCCAUCAAUGUGAAUGACUGUCUUGAAACUCCUAAUAACCCAAAAUGCCUGAAUGGAGGUACAUGUGUGGAUCGAGUUGGAUCUUAUAGAUGCAAUUGUCCACCCAACAAAGCAGGUCUUAUUUGCCAAUUUGAUAAUGAAUGUGCAUCUAAUCCAUGUAAUGGCAGUGCAACUUGUGUUCCAUCACCUUUUGGAAAGGCCAAUUGUCUUUGUUCCCAUGGAUGGACAGGCCCCAACUGUGACGUGGAUAUUCCAGAUUGUAAUGUAGCCCAGUCACCCUGUUAUCAUGGGGGGACAUGCCGAGAUGUCCCAGGGUCCUUUGUCUGUGAUUGUGUGCCUGGAUUUACUGGAUCCCGUUGUGAGACAAACAUAAAUGAAUGUGAGUCGAAUCCAUGUCAAAAUGGAAAUUGUCUUGAUUACUACAACCAAUUUGAGUGUGUCUGCUUCAACGGAUGGACUGGUAAACUCUGUGAAGUAGAAAUCAAUGAGUGUGACAGCAUGCCCUGUCAAAAUGGAGGACAAUGCCAUGAUAAACUUGGGGAAUACAGUUGUACCUGCUUGUAUGGUUAUGAAGGUACACAUUGUGAGAUUGAUAUUGAUGACUGUGCUUCGUCUCCCUGCCGCAAUGGUGCAACAUGCAAUGAUCUUGUGGGAAAAUACUCUUGUACUUGCCCUCUCGGCUUUACAGACACAAACUGUCAAACAAACAUUAAUGAAUGUGCUACAUCCCCAUGUCAAAAUAUGGGAACAUGUGUGGAUGGUAUAAAUGGCUAUACUUGCAAUUGCCGUGGUGGAUACACUGGAACUAAUUGUGAACUUGAAAUUGAUGAAUGCCAUAGCUCACCUUGUCAGAAUGGUGGAGUAUGCAGGAAUGUGGUCAAUGGAUACCUUUGUAUCUGCCCACCAGGAGCUUCUGGUGAUCAUUGUGAGAAUGAUCCAAAUGAUUGUCCAGUAGGUGCAUGCCUAAAUGGGGGUGUAUGUAUUGAUGGAAUGAACAACUACUCUUGUAAAUGUCAUCCUGGUUUCACAUCAUCUAAUUGUGGUGUUGAGAUUGAUGAAUGUGCAACAUCGCCCUGCCGCAAUGGAGGAAGAUGCAUCGAUGGAGUAGCUCAAUACAUGUGCCAAUGUCGCAAUGGCUAUACAGGAAGGGACUGUGAAACAGUAAUUGACAGUUGCUUGGGUCACACUUGCCGUAACAGUGCCACAUGCUCAAGUAAUUCUCCCUAUACUUACACAUGUAAUUGCAAACCUGGAUAUUCAGGGAAAUAUUGUGAAGAAGAUGUCAAUGAAUGUCAGGCUCGUCCAUGUGUCUCUGGAACUUGUGUUGAUGGUAUCAAUGGCUAUACAUGUCGCUGUAACCCUGGAUUCACUGGAGACCGUUGUCAUAUCAAUAUCAAUGACUGUCAGUCAAGCCCCUGUGUUCAAGGUGGGACCUGUAUAGAUGGCAUAAACCAGUACACAUGCAGCUGUCCUAAAGGCUUUACAGGCGAAAGAUGUGAAAUUCACAUCAAUGAGUGUAGCUCGAAUCCAUGUACACAUGGAGGGACAUGCGUUGACAAGAUUGGCUCCUACAGCUGCUACUGUCCUCCAGGUUACACUGGCACAAAAUGUCAGCAGCCUUUAAACAGAUGCCUAAUCAAUCCUUGCCGCAAUAGUGGAACAUGUAAAAGAACUGGAAGGGACUUAUCUGAUUUUUAUUGUGCCUGCCCUGAUGGAUACAAUGGCACAAUUUGUGACGUGAUGAACAUCUCUUGUGCUUUAGCUCAGAGUAAAGGUGCCAUUUGCCUUAACCAAGGCACCUGUGUUGACAAUUCUAAAGGUAUUCAGUCAUGCAAGUGCAAGCCUGGGUAUACUGGAAGCUAUUGCGAGACAAACAUUAAUGAUUGUGCAAGUGGACCUUGUAAAUAUGGAGCAACAUGCUAUGAUGGAAUUGCAAAUUAUACCUGCACAUGCAGAAAUGGAUUUAAAGGACGAAAUUGUGACAUUAAUAUCAACGAGUGCGCAAACAACCCCUGUGCACGAGGCACAUGUAUAGAUCUCAUUGAUGACUUUCUUUGUUCAUGYCCCAAAGGUUAUGUUGGCUCUCGAUGCGAGAUUAAUCCAAACGAUUGUUUUCUUAAUGCUUGUUUUAAUGGUGGUACCUGCAGAGAUGGAAUAGCAAGCUAUCAAUGCUCCUGUCCCUCUGGAUUUACAGGUUCCAGAUGUGAAAUCAACGUUGAUGAGUGUGCAUCAAACCCUUGUUCAGGACUGGGGACGGAAACGUGCUUUAAUCUUGUUGAUAAUUAUCACUGUCRGUGCAAACGUGGAUUCCUUGGCAAGAACUGCGAACUCAAUAUCAACGAGUGCCUAUCUUUCCCUUGUCAAAACGGAGGUACAUGUAAGGACGGCGCAGGGAAGUACACCUGUCUUUGCAAAAAGGGAUAUUCUGGAAACAAUUGUGAGCGUCAAGUAUAUUCCUGCAAUGACACACCUUGUGAAAAUGGUGGCACUUGUCGUAGUGUGGAAGGAAGUUACGAAUGUGACUGUAAACAAGGAGUGUAUGGGCAACAGUGCGAAUGGAAUAAAGAUGACUGUUUAUCCGAUCCUUGUAAGAAUGGAGGAACAUGUGUGGAUGGCUAUGAUAGUUAUACCUGUAACUGUCCAGAAGGUUUCACUGGGAAUAAUUGUCAGCAGAUUAUAAAUGAGUGCGCGAGCAAUCCGUGUAGAAAUGGUGGUAGCUGUAGAGAUUUAGUGGGUAGCUACAAAUGUGACUGUCCAGAAAAAUUGAUUGGAAAGAAUUGUGAAGUUCUGGUGAAGGAUUCGUGCCCCUACAGCGACUGCGCCAAAAAGUUUGACGGCGGAAAAUGUGUCGCAAAAUGCAACAAUUAUGAAUGCAACUGGGAUGGCACCACAUGUUCUCUAGGCAUUGAGCCUUGGUCUAACUGUACAGCUGUUACGAACUCUGGUCGGCCSUGCUACGAGGUUUUCGAAAACGGUGUAUGCAACCAAGAAUGUAACACAGGCACCUGCCUGCUUGAUGGUUUUGACUGCAAGAAGCCAACGCCAUCUUGCCCUCGUAACAAGUACUGUGCCGCUCGUUUCGCGGACACGAGAUGCGACAAGGAAUGCAACAACAAAGGAUGUCUAGAGGACGGUCUUGACUGCAACAUUCAAGUUCCAAAACCUGCAAAAGGCACUCUGGUCUUAGUUCUCUUGGUGACGCCUGAAACCUUUAUGAAAGGGUCUCGGGAGUUCAUGCGAGAGCUGUCUAGAGUUCUGGGURCUAUUGCCUUCAUCAAAAAGGACAAAGACGACAGGCCAAUAGUGUUACCCUAUCCACUUCCGCCUUCAGCCCCAGUGCCAAUAGGUCGAAAAAGAAGAUCAGCAGAAAGUGCAGAGUAUGUCAGAAGCAGUCGCAAYAGGCGUGCUAGUAGUGAAAAGAACGGUGCCGAAGUUCACGUAACACUGGAUAACAGAGGUUGUGAGAGUGAUUGCUUUCAAGACGUUGGCAAUGCUGCAAGAUUUCUCGGCGCGAAGGCUUCUAACAACAAACUGGAUUUGCCGUAUCCCGUAUAUGCAGUAGACAGUCAAGAAAAGCCAACCGUUUCACCGAAACCGGGUUUUGAGCCGAGUCCAUUAUGGAUCGCGAUCCUUUGUGUUGGGAUUCCACUGUUUAUCGUUGGGGUUCUGGCUGGCGGUAAGAGGAUGUACACCAAACUUUGGUUACCUGAAGGCUUCCCUCGACGUCUUAUCCACCAACGAAGAUCACAACGACGAGAUCCUGUUGGUCAGGAGGUGUCUAUGAGGUCAAUGAACAAAAGUACUACCGACUUGGAAGAAGAGGGCGCGGCUGGAGGCAGUGCGUUAUCUCGUUCAGACUUGACUCCACCCAGCGAAGCUCGGGAUCCCAAGCGUGUCAAACUAGAUGAUGAAGAUGAACUAAAAAGGGGCGGGUCUGUUGAGAAAGACACGCGGAAGUGGACAAGGCUGCAUCGAGAAGCUGCUGACGUGAAUGUUAGGAAUUGUUCUUCAUUAAUGCCGCCACAGAAGUGUGAAAGAGGAGCCGAGGUUCAGGACGUGGAUGCUAGAGGCCCUGGUGGAUUUACGGCACUACAUCUAGCGUCCUGUAGAGGGACGUUCUUGGAUGGUUGUAUAGACGAUGACAAGGAUAGUGAUGACAGUGGAGGUGUCAUGGUGUCCGACUUACUGUCUAUGGGUGCAAGUUAUGGGGCUAAGACAGAUGAAUCCCAAGAAACACCCCUUCAUUUGGCUGCAAGGCAUUCAAGGGCUGAUGCGGCAAAACGCCUGCUCGAUGCUGGAGCUGAUCCUAAUUCGAGGGAUCGGCUUGGAAGAACGCCUUUACAUUUGGCUGUAGGAUCCGACGCUCAGGGCGUCUUCCAGAUUCUCCUAAGGAACAGAGCAACCGAUCUUGAGGCGCGCAUGGAUGAUGGCACAACACCUCUUAUCCUUGCGGCUCGUUUCGAUUUGGUAGACAUAGUGAAAGAUUUAAUCAAGGCAGGCGCCAAAGUCAACAACAUAGAUAACCAAGGUAAAUCUGCACUGCAUUGGGCUGCUGCGGUAAAUAGCCACGAGGUCACGGCAGAACUGGCCAAAAAUGGUGCAAAGAAAGACCUCCAGGAUGAUAAGGGUCAGACGCCAUUGUUCCUUGGAGCUCGCGAGGGGAGCCUAGAGGCAGUGAGAAUACUGCUGCUUAAUUACGCCAAUCGAAACAUUGCUGACAAUAUGGAUAAAACUCCAGAACAUAUUGCUCGACAUAAGAUGCACCAUGAUAUUGUACAGCUGUUAAAGGAUUGGUCACUAGGAUGUAAUUCACCCAAAGCAGCACCUGCGCYCACUUCUCCACCAGAUCAGCAAAAGUCCCCGCACAAUGGCACGGCUUCUCCACCAUGCACUGAACUGCAAAACGGGAAAUCAGUCAUCACGCAUUUCCCGGUGACUACCUCUUCCACAAGGGCAAAAGCUUCUUCAACGAAUUCCGAUCACGCUCGUGGUGCAAGGGCUAAAACAACUGCGAAUGGUGGGACAAAACGAAAACGCAAAAGACAGCCGCGUAAGGAUGAGGAGCCUGUUGCUGAAAACUAUAGCAAUAGCAGGAAACCAAGCGAUGGUGCUGCAGCUUACUCUCCACAAGGACACGUCAAACAGCCCUCGCCUUGUAGCAGUGGACCGACGUUUUCUCCUAAUUGUGUGUCCUCUGUAAUGAAUGGAUUUUCUCCUCAAGGGAGUUCGGGAACGGGGAUUUCUCCAUCCAAUUCAACGACGUUGUCACCACCACAAGAUACAAACUCGCCACCAGUGUUCUCAGACUCUCCUUUUAAUGAUGUUUUAGCCAAUGAAUAUGGAUUGGAAGAAUUCAAUGGAUUGGAUUUCGACGAUAUCCAUUUGAAUGAAACGGAGCUCUCAACUAACUUCGGCGGUACAGAGUGUGGUGUCGAUAGUGGAUCUCCGAACCUGCACGACUCAUUAUCGAUGUCGUGUAUGCUUCCCGUGACCGCCAUAGGUGGUGAAACAAUUAAUAAUACCUCUGACUGCAUGUUUUAUCCGACCCAGCAAAGGCAACAAAGACGCGAAUAUCCGUCGGGAACGAGACUGUAUUCGGCUCAAAGCAGCCCUAACCUGGCUUGUACGGUAGAAUCAGAACCACGACAGAUAUCUAUUGUACAGGACAUGGAUGAUAUGAGUUCGGUUGCGCACUGCGUACAGAACGGAUUUCCAAAUGGUCACAGAACAGUCCAGGCCUGUGCUAUGACUAACGGCGUCGUGAUGCCUAGAAGGAAAAACAGUUCCAGCAGUUCGUAUACCAAUAAUCAACUUUAUCAUCAUAUGCAACAUCCCAACAACAUACUCUAUAAUGAAAACUACCCGACGCCACCUUCGGURCACUCUUAUUCGAUAUCCUACGAUUCGCCACAAAAACUUCCCGUGUCAUACUUAACUCCAUCACCAGACUCCCCCGAGGAGUGGUCUUCGUCGCCGCAUUCUUUGAAUUCUGAUUGGUCAUCGUGCUAGACGUUAAGGAACAAUUUUGAUAUACACUUGAAAAAGUGUAGGUGAGAGUCGCAUAAUAUUGAAUAUAAUCUAUAAAUAUAUAUACAUAUGUAAUGUAAAAAGACUAGAAUUACUAUAUAUAAAUAUAUUGCCAGAAAGCAAGUGAUAUUGGCCAGGUUUAAAUCGAGAUUAAGUAGAGACUAGGGCUUUUUUUACUAAACAGGGAGCUUGAUUUUUAAUACAGGAAUAGAAAUUCUAUUAUAGAUACAUAACCAACUACAUUUUAUACUGAUACGUAUCAUAUUUUAUUUUACGGCUCAUGGCACUGAGAUUUCGUAUGAGUGAGAAAUUUAUGAUUGUUCAGACUAGUUUUAUUCUCCAACAAUUUGAUUGGACAGUCUUUCGUGUCAAGGGUUCUGUUUUGGUUCAGGAAAGUCUCAUUAGUUUCUUAUUGAUGCGAAAUCUUCUCUGCGAUUGCAAUAAUAACCAAUAAGAGCUGAUUUUGUUUUUUUUAGCAGCAUUUAGUUUUUCUUACUUUUUACAGAAUAUGAUCUUCUAAGAUCUUUUUAGUUAGUUUGAAGGUUUCAUCAUGACCAGCACACAUAUCUAUAUACCAAGUAUUAACAGUACACUACACUAGUGCUUACAACAAUUAGUCGUGCUUUUUUUAUUUCUUUAACAUUUUUAUCGUCCAUGCUUUUGUCAUCAAGUCGGUGGGUAUUUAUUAGAUGUUAAGCUUUGUAGGAAAAACGUUACUGGAAAAGCUUUAAUUCUUCUAUAAAGAUGACAAAAAUUAUAUAGUUUAUUAAUAUUGAACGUUAAAAAUUGAAACAGAAAACAUUCUUAGCCUAAAUUCAAUUAUAUUUCUUCCAAAUUUAGUUUAUCUGAGCGACCCCUACCCAUGGAAGAAGUGUAGCUUUUCCAGUACAAUUUGUUCCAAUAGGGUUUAGUUUCCAAUGUACAUAUUAAUAAUCAUCAGCAAUCUAUAAGAAGAAACGAAAUGCUUGUGAUAAUACAAGCUGAAAUUUUAAAAUUUCAGAAAUAACAUAGGUCUAUAAAAUAGUAUUCAUUGGGUUGAGUAGAUUAGAGGGAGAUAAGAUUAUUUYGUUUAGAAAUGUUUCACAUAAAUUCCUAAAGUAGGUUUUUAGCUAAGUUAUUUGUUUGCACAGUUUUUUCCAGCCAUUGAAUUCGAAGCUCUUCGGAGAACAAAAKCCACUUCACUGAAACGAUGAUGAGGAGACUGUCUUUUGUAACAAGUGAAGUGGUCUUGAAGUUCACCGCUGUUGUAUCGUUUUGUUUUUAUAUUUGGGUUUCACUCAGUUCAUCAUUUUUCUAAAUAAUUGAGUUAAAUAGUAAUUCCUUAUUUGUUGUGUAACACAUUCCUUGCGUAUGAAGCCUACUCACAAAAUUCCAUUUUGGUCUUUCUAUUUUUGAUAGUGCGAUAUAGAUGAAAGUCUAAAAAGAAUAGAAAGGCGAAAAAGUACUGCCAACAUAGUCGUACGCUUCCAACGCGUUCCAUUAACCAUAGGCCUUUGUCAUAAUGGCGGCUACUAUUAAUCAGUAUAAUCAUUAAAAAUAAUUUUUCUAGAUGUAACUCUGAAAUGAUAAGGGCUUGAUAACGCAAACGACGUGCGUGAAUUUCGAAAUCCAGUCAAAAAUCCUUACGAUAUGUGGAGUUAGAAAUGUCAACAUACACCAAAACGAGGCAAUAAAGGCCUUGGGCUAAACACACAUACAAAACACUCUACCUUUGGUCUUUCAUAACUGUUGAUAUUUAGUCAAAAGUAGUGAACUUGAUUUCCAAAAAUAUUUGUAUUGAAGUAUUCUUUCAGAAGACAACCGUUAUUUAUACUAGAAAGCUGUCGUUCUCCUUUAGUAAGAAACCGCCAUUAUGUUAAAGAUUUAUAAACAUUCCUGAUUCAGUUUAAUUUGUAAAAUUUGCACCAAAUUCUGAACUCGUCAGAGUUCAUCGUUAGUAGUUGAAUUAAUGGGGGAAAUACAAUCCGUUGUUUGCCCAGAUAUUAUAGAGAUAUUAAUAAUGAUAAUAUAUAUUUUUACGAUUACUAUAAGUAUGAUCCUGAGCAUGGACAAAUAUUGUUAUAAAGUUUUGUACAUUAUAAAUUAAAACGAGCCAACUUUGAAAUAAAAUAUGAAAUUAUUAAA